AUGGGGGCACUGUGGACCCCGCUCUCUGUGCACGUCCUAGGCCAGGACUCUGGCAGUACCCUGUCCUGGGGAGGCCAGGACCACAUGAAUGGGCAGGCCCUCGGUCAGCUGUGUCCCCUGGCAGAGGAAGAAGAAGAGGAGGGGCCCGAGGCCACCCCAUUCUCAAGGCCCGCCUUUCUGGAGAUGGGCUCCAAGGAACUGCGGCUGGCCUCAUCCUAUGACUGGCUGCUGACUGCCACGUUGCGGCCUGGGCUGCUGGCCGCUGCCGGCUUCUUCCACAGUGGUCAACAGGACCAGGUGAGGUGCUUCUGCUACAGGGGUCUGCAGAGCUGGGAGCAAGGGGAUGACCCCUGGACUGAGCACGCUAAGUGGUUCCCCAGGACACUGUGGGGGGAACAGGAGCAAAAGGCAGGACCCCGGCCCCAGGGCGUUUACAGCUUGAACCUGAUAACUGCCCUGUGGCUGAGGCUGUUGGGUGUCCCCCUGCUGCUGGACAGCAUGGAGAGUGAAGGCUGCUUGACCAGGAGUGAGGGAGCCCAGGACAUGGAGGAGCAGCUGCAGCGACUGUGGGAGGAACGGACUUGCAAGGUGUGCCUAAACUGCACUGUGUCCAUCGUCUUUGUGCCCUGCGGCCACCUGGUCUGUGCUGAGUGCACACCCAACCUGCAGCUGUGCCCCAUCUGCAGGGCCCCCAUCGCAGCUGUGUAUGCACCUACCUGUCCUAAGUCAGGUGAGCACAUCUGCCUGUCCUGGGCCACAUGA